AUGGAGAACAUUGAAGGCCUUUUUAGAACAGUUAUGAAGGCAGUGUGCUAUUCGGCGCAUCUGACCAAAAAUGCCCCGCUUGUGAGCUCGGUUCUGAAGGCAGACAUGUCUGUUGUCAGCCUAUACGACGUGGCCAUACAGAUUCUGUUCUGCCAUAUGCUUAGAGAGUGGCCGGUCACUAUUCUUUCUGAGGAGGAGGACAAUGCGUUCUAUAGGGAGACGCUGCAGACACUCGAGUCCUGCAGCGGGGAUACGCCGGAGUAUGUGUACAUCCAAAACUUCCUGCGCGAAAGCGGGAUUUCACUCGAGGGAAGCCGCAUUAAAGCAGUCGUUCAUUCGGGUAUAGACCCCCAAGACGUUUGUGUGGUGCUAGACCCCAUCGACGGCACGAAGGGAUUUGUCAGCGCGAGGUCAUACUCUGUUGUUGCUUCGUGUGUUCAUCGGGGCGCUGUUUUGUUUUCGAUUAUAGCAUGCCCUAAAGAGGGGCAGAUAUACUAUAAGUGCAGCAUGGGCGGGGCAGGGCUCUCGGGAUAUCCGCACAGAAAGCGGGUGAAAACGUGCCGCCUUGGAAGCACAUUUGAGCAGACAUACAGCGAGUUCGAGAACACCCUGUCCCUGCAUGUGUGCGUGUCGGCAGAAGGCUCUCAUUCCAGCAGCAUAGUGGAGGAGUACUUGAAGAGAAUGCAGGAAAUGUACCCGAUUACUGUGCACAGAAUAGACGGGCAGGGAAAGUACGCGUAUGUGGCCACGCAGCAAAUGGACAUCUUUUUAAGGGCGCCCAGCACAAGAAUAUGCGAAAAACUGUGGGACCACUGUGCAGGCGUGGACAUGAAUGACCUUUCUGUGGUCACUGAUUUGCACGGGAAAUCGCUGGACCCAUGCGUCCCGACAGAGUAUGGUGUUUUGGCGUCGCACUCUUCUUUUUUUCAUCGCAUAUCAAUAGGAUUGCUGAAGGAUUUGAUAUAG